AGUGCUCAUAUUUUCUUAAACUAUAUGUAUAAAUACAAAAUUAAAAUAAUAUAAGUCUGAGAUUUCAAAUACAGUUUCAAACAAUACAUUUUGUAUACUAAUAAUAUGUAAGUGUUUUUUUAAAGCUUUAAUGGAGCCUUAACUCAAUAUCUUUCUAUCUGCGCAUGCCUUAUUUUGUUACUUCCUUAAAAUAACAUAUAUACAAAUAUGUAUGAAAUCUAAGAUGAUAACCAAUCAUCACAUAGUUAUACAAUUUUUCAAAUGGGAAAUGAAAAUUAUUGAAAAUUGCAUCAUUUUAAAUUUUUUUAAGUCUUAGGUUAUAAGUAAUUAACUUUUACGAAAUUGCAUUCAUCAAGUCAUCAUUAAUAAUAGUUGGCAAGGAACUGGAAGACAAGGUAAAUUAAUGAUUUGUAAUUAUUUAAGUUGUUAUAAGAGGUCCCUCGAAUAAAGAUUUGUAACCACUAGCUACACUUUUAUUGUAUGUAUCCAUUUAAGUUAUUUUUAAAAUACGGUAUUUUUCAGCAGGAUGAGAUCUGACUUGUGGAUUUUCUUUAAGACAUGGCAUCAAAAGUGCAUUCGUUUUUUUUGUUCUUGGACGAAGAAAUGCCCCUUUCAUAAAAUGCAUAUUUGCAUAAUUGGAAAAUGCCAAAAAUGCCGGAAAAAGGAUAUCCACGUAUUCAAACAUAUAUUAAUCCGAUGCACUUAACAGAGGCGAUAAUAUAUUUGGAACAUUCAGAAUUUUAAAAUAACAACGGGAAAAUGCAUUGCAGCCGCAUAUUGAUUAAGUAUAUACAAUUAGAUGUAUUGGUAAUAUUGGCAACUGUCAGGGCUGGAAAUGCAAACUAUCUUAGCGCUCGCAGUCGGGAAAGAAAUUUAAAUAAUAAUAACGGAAUAAAAAAUGAAGAAUCUUCACAUAUCCUAAGUUCCGGUGGUGUAAGGACAGUAGGAGAAGUCUUUGUGCCAAAAACAUUUUCACUUAACUCACAGGAGCCAACAUGUGAACAACUUCGAGCCAUGUGGAUUUUUUCAAAAAGACAAUCCCGAGCCGCAGAAAUCACGAAUGAAAUACCAACGUAUCGGGAUCCUUUUACUUAUAAUGUUUGGGAACCUCUUUUAUUAAACUCAAGAAUAUUGGGAUCACUAAGAAUGAGCGCUAGAGAAAGAGCCAGGUCGCCCGUCUUUGGUCGUGUUGUAAGCCGAGAGCCAAAUACACCACAACGCAUUCCACUUGAACACCAUCAAAGAUUGGCUGAAGUUGGAUUAAAUGCUCCCGGUUCAAGUCAAUCUCGUUAUUAUGGAGCUGAAACUCGGCCACAAAACGGAGGUUCUUCUUCAUCACGUAGAUCAAGUAAACAUCGAUAUAUGGGAGUCCCAAAUGGUGGUACUGGAACUAAUACAAAAGAAAAUAAAGAUUCUGUGGCUAUACAAGGCAGUUUUCAAAGACUUAAAGAACUAAUCUGGACUGAGCGAGCUAAGGAAUUAACAGAGCAACGUAGAGACGAGGAGUUGGCAGCACGUGCUGCUGCACUUAAAGAAAUUACUAAUGGAAAAAACAUACUUGCGAAUUAUUAUCCGCAAUCCGGUAGCUUUCCUGAUUCGAUAUUAAUGGACGAAAAUCGAAGUCCUGACGGAAAUAGUUACCAAUAUAGUGACGAUAAUCGCAUCUCAAUAUUAAAUGAACAAGGUGAUAAAAGUAAUAAAAAUGGAUAUAAAACCAGCGUCAGAGCAACCACGCGCCGAAUCGGCAAUUCCCCUGCUUACAAUAAAAAGGAAAUUCAAGCUAAUAAAGAACUUAAAGGACUUUUUCCCGGAAGUAAUCGAUCUGCACGAAUUAAGAUUCCAGCAACUGAUCUGUUUUCAAGCGAUUCUUUUGAAAAAGAUGUUUCUGUUAUUGGUAUUCCAAGGCAUACCCAAUUCGAAAAUCACACUUCAGAGAGCGAAAUCGAUCAUUUCUAA